CGGAAACAGUGAGUCAGCCGACUUGGUCUACGCCGCCCGCCUCGCUCUCUUGGUUCUCCAUUCUCGGUUCCCGGUUCCCGGUUCUGUCUGCUUAACCGCCGUAACCGCAACUCCAUCGUGUAACAGAAUACAGCCGUAUAUAGCGCAGAUGAUAAGCUUACCGGAGAUGGGAUAUAAAUCGUUGUGCAUUAUGGUGAAACAGUGAAGUUUUCUACGUAUAUAUGUAUGUACAUAUAUGUAUAAUGUAUGUAUACAUCUUCUACCUACAUAAAUGCGACGCGCUUGCGGAAAUAUUGAGACGCGUACCGAGCGAGAUCGUUAAUCUGUACUAAUCGUCCGGAAUUUGGAAACAACGAAGUGUAAAGCUGUGCAGAGGAGAGUGGCUGCCGAUUUAUAAAUACUAUAUACACCCCGGAUCGAUGAUCACGAUAUAACAUCUAAUAGUAAGAGAUAAGAAAGUUGGAUUAACGAAAUAUGAAAAAAUCGAAAUCGUGAAACUUCCACCACGUUUUGAUUUCAAAGCUAACGAGAAAGAAAAGGAAAAUAAAAGAGAACGAGUCAGACGAAAGUAACUCGCCGAUCGCGAUAGUGUAUAAAAUCAACAUGGCGGAGCGGGAGGAGCGGGAAACUAUCCUGGCGCGAAAUCAGCCGGGAAGGAAGUCGAUAAGACCGUCGAGUUUCCGGAAGACGUUGAACCCGGAUGGAACAGUAAUCCAGCAGCGACGCAGUCCGAUGAUCGGUACUGAUUCGAGGACCAGCAGUCCCAGUCCGAGGGGAAGUCCCUCGACGCCGGAAGGACUUAAACAGUGGGAACUCGUCGAGGGCGACGCGGGUCUCAGGGUGGUGGAAAAACGAAGCACCGGCGGUGGCGGGAAUUCGAACGUCAAUUCGAAUUCUAAUUCGGCGAGUGGGUCGCCGGUCAUGACCGGUAGCAGAGGCUCGUCGUUUAGAUCGCGAGGAAGCGCCGGAGGUGUUCCGAUAUUCGUUAACGAACGGACGCAGAACUCAAUAGUAAGUCAGAAUAUUCAGGACUUCGAGAAUGUUCUGGCUAAGAAGUUCGGUCGGUCAUUUGAACGGUCGGUAAUCGGCAAGGGUAAUGCCAUUUCUUCGACCGGUGGUGAGUUUCAAACAUCUAACGGACGACGAUCUUUACGGGAAAAUCAGAGCGGAAAAACUGGCGUGAAACUAGAUCUCAUACUCAACGAUCAGGAUCAUCGAUCUCUCGAUACAGUGGGUGGUGAUGGAAGCGUUUUGCCGGAUUCCAAGAGCAGUAUUGACAUGCUUGAUCAACUCGAGAGGCAAGUCAAAGCCAUAGAACAAGGAACCAUUGCCGCUGCUGCUAGGUUUAAACAGGACGCAGGCACUGACGUCACGUCCGAUGAUAUUUCUUCUCAAUCGCAACACGAUCGUUCCUCCGUCGGCAAUACUGGUAGCGAUAAAAUUGUUCCUGAAAUCGAAUUGCGGUAUAGGGAACACGAGGAUUUACUUCGCAAUAACACCGACGACGAAGCUGAGGGGUCGACACCGCUGCAACGUGGCGAAGCGACGAGAAAUUCUACCGGAAAUGCUGGUAUAACGACAAAGAAGAGGGCUGGUGUUAAAUUGAAUCGUACAGCCUCGGACACGCGUCGAGGUAACGGGGACACAUCGGAUAUGCCGUUGAAAAUUCAAUCGCGCGCUCAACAAGCAAGGAAUAUCGUCAGACCAGUUAUGACCAAAAGGCAGCUCCAGCAGGAGGCUGCUGCCGGAAUUGGUACAAUUUCAACAACUUCUUCUACGGCUACUUCCACACCGAAACCGCUGACCAGCGUUAUUCAAAAGGCGAUACAAAACAUUGGAAUAAAAGAGACAGGGGAUGGCGUGGGGGUGUCGAGCAGUGUUCCGCAUCACACAAGAUUGUCGUCAAGAAGCCGAGCACCGGAGGAACCUCACAUUGGUAAAUACAGGCUAUUGAAAACAAUCGGUAAAGGUAACUUCGCCAAGGUGAAACUCGCCAAACAUGUUCCAACCGGAAAGGAAGUUGCCAUCAAAAUCAUCGACAAAACACAGCUCAACCCUGGCAGCCUUCAAAAGUUAUUCCGCGAAGUAAGGAUAAUGAAAAUGCUGGACCAUCCAAACAUCGUCAAACUGUUCCAAGUGAUUGAGACUGAGAAAACGUUGUACCUAGUAAUGGAGUAUGCGAGCGGAGGGGAAGUGUUUGAUUACCUAGUAUUGCAUGGUAGGAUGAAGGAGAAGGAAGCCCGGGCUAAAUUCCGUCAGAUAGUUUCGGCGGUACAGUAUUGUCAUCAGAAAAAGAUCAUCCAUAGAGAUUUAAAAGCUGAGAACUUGCUACUCGACAGCGAGAUGAACAUCAAGAUUGCUGAUUUUGGAUUCAGCAACGAAUUCACACCCGGCAAUAAACUUGACACUUUUUGUGGCUCUCCGCCAUACGCCGCACCAGAACUUUUUCAAGGAAAGAAGUAUGACGGGCCAGAAGUCGACGUAUGGUCAUUAGGUGUGAUAUUAUACACAUUAGUUUCGGGCUCACUGCCAUUCGACGGAUCUACGCUUAGGGAAUUACGAGAAAGAGUAUUGCGGGGCAAAUAUAGAAUCCCGUUCUACAUGUCGACCGACUGUGAAAAUUUAUUAAAAAAAUUUCUGGUGCUCAACCCCACAAAACGGGCCUCGUUAGAGGUACGUGGCGAUAAGAAUAUAAUGAAAGAUAAAUGGAUGAAUAUGGGAUACGAGGAAGACGAAUUAAAACCGUACUUAGAACCGGAACCCGAUUACAAGGACCACAAGAGGAUAGGUGAGUCUGCCAAGGCACUAGCUAGUAUGGGAUAUACACGAAGCGAAAUAGAAGAUUCCCUCGGCCAAGCUAAGUACGACGAUGUAUUCGCCACCUAUCUACUACUAGGAAGAAAGACCACAGACCCUGAAAGCGACGGUUCUCGGUCUGGCAGUUCGCUGUCGCUGCGCAACAUUCCGCCCCAAGUAGGAUCAGGGGGUGGCGGAGUCAGUGGAACGGGGACGGGAGGCGCAGCACAGAGUCCCUCGCAUCGAGGUGUUCACCGCAGUAUUUCAGCUAGCAACCCAAAACCCAGUAGACGAGCUUCUUCCGGAGGUGAGACACUCCGGUGCGCGCCUAGUCCUGGUAAUACGACGAACCACAAUCAUGCAACGACUGGUACGGGCGCUGGAACCUUAGCAGGUAGCGGUGGAAGUAACUUUAAACGUCAAAAUACGGUUGAUUCGGCAACAAUAAAAGAGAACAGUGCUCGCGUACCUGCGGGUAGACCGUCAGCACCGAAAAAUAGUCCAGGACAAUUAGACACCAUGACAAUGUUCAUUAUAGGUGUGGGAACGAGUCCUGGUGGUAAGUCGAGAGUCGGAAAGAGCAAUACAAUGAACGCCGGCGUCGGCAGCGGGAGACCUUUGACAUCUCCAGCGCCAGGUUCGGUUGGAAGACGCAGUACCAUCUCUUACGAUCAAGCUAAGACAUCUUCCUCUUCCACGGAGAGAACCAACGAUGUUCCCAGCCUCGGCGAGGGCACUAGGCCAGCAAGGGGUCACACCAAAUCUGCAAGCAUCAGCGCGGGCCACCGAUCUUCGAGUGGCGUACAGCCCGGCGACAACUCGCUGCUGGACCCGCAGCCCCGCAACGCCCACAACUCGUUACUCGCUACUGCUGACCCUCUUAGGCAGAGCCUUGGCGUUUCUCCGAGCAGCAGACUGGUACCUGCAGCAGCAUUCCCAAGGAAUGUUCCAAGCCGCAGCACCUUCCAUUCUGGACAAAAUAGAGCCCAGCGAAAUCACCCUCAGGGUCACACGCAUACACAGGACACGAACGCUAUCAGUCCACUGGCGAGGCCAUCUUUCUUUUCAAAAUUAUCAUCCAGGUUCUCAAAACGCCCCAUGGACCCAUCCGUACCUCCCAAGCACGCUGUAGUGAGUGGUGCAACCACUAAUGACGAGCAGGUAAAACCACGCAGUCUUCGUUUCACUUGGAGCAUGAGAACGACCAGCAGUCGGGAUCCAAAUGAAAUCAUGUCGGAAAUACGCAAGGUGCUGGAUGCCAAUAAGUGCCAGUACGAGCAGCGCGAGAGAUUUUUGCUGCUCUGUGCGCACGGAGACGCAGCAACGGAUAGCCAGGUACAGUGGGAGAUCGAGGUCUGCAAGCUGCCGAGGCUGUCACUGAACGGUGUGAGGUUCAAGCGGAUCUCAGGAACAUCGAUCGGCUUCAAAAACAUCGCCAGCAAGAUAGCGAACGAGCUCAAACUGUGACUGCCGGCUGCAGGCGCCACGGAGGCUGGUGCCAACCCAUAACCCCCUCGUGAUGAUCCACGCCAGCAAGUAGCAGCCACUUCCGACGACUAUUACUCUUACUUCUUCUGGGACUCGGCUUCGGGCUCUGACGAUCAGCAAGAGAUAUUCGUCUAGCCUUUCGCGUAACCAGAUCCCAGUAUUUCAUAACAUCUCGGUUAUCACACGCCUGUUUCUGCAUGGGAGAAGAAGAUGAGGGAGGGCGGGAGGGAGCGAGCGAGUGUGAGUGUUAGUGUAAUUGCGAGUGUGAGUGUGAGUGUGAGUGAGUAAGUGGGUGGGUGGGUUCGGAGUCGGUUACAAGCGUUUGUAACACGUUCGAGAUUGUUUUUGGUGGUUGUUGGUGUUUUUUUUCUUUUCUUUUUCUCCAUCAUUUUAACAAAAAAAAAAAAAAUAAAAAAUCAAAAAAGAAAAGAAAAACACAAAGAAAAAGAAAACACAAAAACAAGGAUUUUCACACGUCUAUUAUUGAUAAUAACGCAAUUUAUAAAUCAAUAACUAUUCCAUAUUGGUUGUUAUUUUAUUUUUUUUUUUUUCAAUUUUCCUUCAACAUUUUUGAUAUUCGUCUUUCGUUUUCUCUCUAAGGACAGACCCACCCCGAGUACGGCGAAUACGAUAAGACGACGAUGAUAUACCGCAAUUUGUGAGAAAGAAAACAUGAAAUUCCCUUCGGUAGAUACGUAUUAUUAUUAUACAUAUAUGUAUAAUCGUGUGUAUAAACACACGAAUGCAUAUUACUUAUAACAGUGUGUCGUUAUGUAUAUAGUGAUCUGAAAUUGGUACUUGCAGGUCCUCACUAAACCCUCGAGCGGUUUUAAUUUAAAAAUUAAGCCCUGUGAUUUAUCUCUACAUAUAUAUCAUUUAUACAUAUAUUUAUAUAUAUAUAUGUAUAUAAAUACGUGUAACUAAUAUCUAGUACUACUACACCGCUACUACUGGCUAAUACGUAUGUAUCCUAAUACUCUGAGUGCCAAAAUGGAAGAAUAUAAGUCCAGUCUGGUAGCCGCUGUAAACGAAUAAUUGUAAACGACUGAUCGACCCCAAAACUGUAAUAAGGAUCGCAAUUGAGCGCCGAAGGUGAAAUUUUCGGCGCUGAACAAGACGUCAUCACCACCACCACCACCACCCCCGCCCCCCUUGAUUAUCGGACUCGAUUACGCUGAACGUUAUUCUAAAAUUUACAUAAUAUAACUAUGAUAGUACAUAUUACAAUACAUACAUAAACUAGGGUACUUACUGAUAUUGCGCGGUAUUUUUUCCAAUUUUCUUUUGUUUUUAAAUUUUUUUCCCUUAUAUUUCACGUUGCAAUUUUUUUUUUUUCGUUUCGGCACUUGAAAUUUUUUCACGAUAUUAUCGGUUACUGGUGGUCGGGGAAUUCGAGUGCCCAAAUCACAUCGUUGCAAUCGUCAUAUCCACAUUGUAGUCGUCAUUGUCAUAAUAAUAAUUAUCAUCGUCAUCAUCGUCGUCGGAAGAAGAAGAAAUUGUUUGUUUUACAAUUAUACCACGACCCGUGCUUUUUACUUUUCUGAUUUCACACGUUGUUUACUUAUUUUUCUGUGCAAAUUUUCGGUCAUUUAAUAUCAAGUUCAUCAGUUCGUCGCGUUUAACAAACAUACAUACAAUACAUGCAUACAGAAACACAGCAUUAUAGACACUAGACAAUUAAUUACUAAUUCAAUAAUGAAUUAAUUAUUAUAAUUAUCAUCGUCAUAAUUAUCAAUAUUAUCAUCAUUCUCAUUAUGAUCAUCGUCAUUAUCGUUGAAUUAAGUAUAAUUAAAUAGGAAAAUAAAAGAUAUGAUUAAAACGAAGAACUUGGAGAAUGUGAAGUAUCCAACAAUGAUUUACUUUGUACAAUUAGUAAACUGAGCGAAUUGAGUUUAGCGUACUUUCAAAGGAAGAACAAGAACGUAAAACGCAAACAAAAAAAAAAAACAAACAAACAAACAAAGGUAACCAUCAAAAAAUUAACAAAAACAAGUGGAUAAGUGAAUAAAUAAAUGAAUUAAUAAAUAUUAAAAAACCGCAUUGUUAUACUAACAAGAUCUGCUAUUUUUACCAAGGAUAUAAUGAUGAUAAUAGAAAUAUAGGUAUUAUAAACGCAGGCUGUAUCAUCACGCCGUUAUUCACUAACUUUUACAUUUAUUUUUGUUUUUAUUUUCAAUUUCAUUUCUCCUCCUUCAUUGUCUUACGUUUCACUCAAUUUCUUUUAUCAUAUCUCAAUGAGGAACGAGGGGUCACACUUGUGAUUUCUUCAACAGUAGAACCUAUACAUACAUAUACAUAUAUAUGUAGUAGAUGCAAGGGCCACGAUGUAUAUAAUAUAGAAUAUAAAUAUAACCGGAAUAUGGUUUCCUCUAUAUGCAACAGUAAAAACAAAGUGAAAAUGAGAAUGGUGAGGGGAGAGAGAGUAAACAAUCGCAUAAAAAAUAAAUACGAAAUUGGUAUUCCUCUUAAAGAUGGUGAAAACAAACAGGAAUACAUGUAUUAGAACAUUACGAAUGUUUUAUAUCUGCUUUUGAAUAUCGUAUAAUUAGUAUACCUAUAUCAGUACAUUUUACUUUACUACCAGUAUAGAUAAAUAAUUUAUUUAACAGCAAAGUGAAAAGAAAUUACAAAAAAUUAAUGAAAGAAAGAAAUAGCAUCGUAUUUUUUUAGUUUUAUUAUUAUUAUUUAAUGUUAAUUCAUAUUUCGGAUUUAUUUCUCCUCGUAGUAAAUAAAUAUGUAUAAGUAUCAUUCAGUGAACGUGAUUUAUAGAAGAAGACGAAUAAUUUCAAUUUUGAAUUUCAAUUCACCUGAAUGCAGUGUUAUGAACAUAUGAACAAGCAUGUACACACUACCAUUGUUGUUCAACGUUUUUCGCAUUCAUAUAUACAUAUACAUACAUACAUACGUACAUACAUGCAUACAUACAUACACAGUGCACAUAUAAAAGAUAAAUAUCCAUAUAGGUACAUAUAUUUAAUAUCAGUAAUAAACAAGAUUAAUAAUUAUUGAAUUUGUCUUAUUAUUGAUUAAUUAUUCCGUUUAUAUGUGAAAUAUUUGAAACACUCUGAAUGCAUAAAUACCUACGACGACAGAAGAUGUAAAACAUAGGCAGGCAUCGCGACUUAUUUUAUUAUCAAAUAUAAAUAGAAAAAUUCGUAUUUAUGUAGUCAAAAAAAAAAUUUCACGUAAAAACAAAGGAGCCUUAGAAUAACUGAACAACAUCCCAUGCAAUGUAUAAUUAAUCAUUGAUCGGAAAAAUCGAGAGGUGGAUAAAUGAAUAUUAGAUUUUAACACACCUGAAGUGAAUAACGGAACUUUGAUUUUAUCCACAUUACCGAUUAAGUUACAUUUACUGUUUCACGUAUCCGUUGGAAUAUUCGACUCAGCGAUCCUCACUAAAGUGCAUUGCUGCAUAGAAAUUUAUUUCUUGGAAGAAAAUUUUUCGUCCGUUUUAUAACGCUUCAUUUUGUUUCAUUCUUCUUUCGAAAUUAUUUAUUUCAAUUUCUUUUCUUGUUAACUUUGUCUUACUUAAAAAUGUGCAUCAUAAUUGUUUCGAAUUGCAUUAUUCAUAUUCUACUGAUAGUUACUAAAUACCCAGUUACAUCGAGUAAAAUAUUCAACCAUUAUCGCGACUGUAUUAAUAACUUACUUCACAAUCUUUGCCACAGUUAUUAUAAAGUGAUACGUUGCAAUUAUACGUACAUUCAUACAUACACGCAUACUACAUACAUUUAAUAAUAAUUAUCAUUAUGAUUUUCGUUAUUAUUGCCAUUAUUAUCAUCAUUAUUAUUAUCACUGUUAUAAGAUAAGGAUCCUUGUAGUGUUGAUAGUAAACCCAUGAUACACAUGUAGGUAAUUAAUUAAUUAUGGUAUAUAAUAUAAGUGUAAUCAACAUACAAAAAUCCUCUGCUCGCAUGCUUGAAAACAAACAAAAAAAAUAUAUAUAUAAAAAUUGUAAAUGUAUAAAUUAAUAAUUAAUACUUGAGUGACAACGGAGGAAAAAAGGCGGAAGAAACAAGAGGCAAGCAAAAACUAUUAUAUACAAGUUAAGGAAAAAUACACCCAUACAUACAUACACACACACUCAUUAAUUUUAAUAUGAAUAUUAUGAAGGAUAAAAUUAAUAAUAAUAAUUAUUAUUAUUAUAUACGAUGUAUGGCUGAGCGGACAACUUUGAGCUACCUGAAUUAUUAUGUGAUUAGUAACUUGAGAAAAACGAUUAGAAAAUAGCAGAGAGAGAAAAAAAAAUAACACAACAAACAAACAAAAAAUCUUAAAGACGAGUGAAAGUAGUAAGUUAAUAAAAG